GUCACUGACAAAUCAGCAAAUGUCAAAACUGUCAUUGCAAUAUCAUUUUCAAGUUUCAACUUUUUGGCUGUGAUUCCAACAAGUUUUUUUUGGAGCCAGAAGCUGGAGUGUCCACUUGCCGCUUUAUUAAAUUUUAGUUUGGAAGCAUGGCCCCAGCAGCGACUGCAGUGAAGCCUGUGCCGGCUGAUGAUCCAAUCGGCAUAAGAGCAGUGUUAUUAGGACCUCCGGGUUCCGGGAAGGGCACUCAAGCACCACGUCUGAAGGAAAAGUUUUGUGUAUGCCAUCUAUCAACGGGGGAUAUGCUGCGGGCCGAGGUGGCCUCCGGCUCGGAGCUUGGACGUCGUGUCAAAAAGGUCAUGGACGAAGGGAAGCUUGUCUCCGACGAGAUGGUGGUGGACAUGAUUGAUAAGAACUUGGAUCAGCCUGAGUGUAAAAACGGCUUCCUACUCGAUGGGUUCCCUAGGACAGUGCCACAGGCUGAAAAGCUGGAUGACUUGUUAGCGAAGAGGAAAACAGCACUCGAUGCUGUCAUCGAAUUCAACAUCGAGGACAGCUUGCUAGUGCGGAGGAUUACUGGCCGACUGAUCCACCCUCCCAGCGGACGCAGCUACCAUGAGGAAUUCCACCCUCCCAGGAAACCCAUGACCGAUGACGUCACUGGAGAACCCCUGAUCAAGAGAUCAGAUGACAAUGUUAAUGCUCUUAAGAAGCGACUUGCUACAUAUCACAACCAGACUGUGCCUCUUGUUGACUAUUACAUGAGAAAAGGAUUGCAUUAUCGAGUGGACGCUGCCAAGAAAGCGGAUGACGUUUUCAAAAGAAUCGAUACCAUAUUCAAAAACAGGAUCUUCGCCAGAGAACGGUCAGGGCUAUAAACUUUUGUAGUUUACUACUAAACGAAGGUGAUUGUACAAAACUGUAAUAAUUAUUUUUUAAGAUUCAAUUGCAUGGAGUUUGCUAUAUACAGCAAUGUACCAAUAGCGUGUUUGCCUGGGGUAGCAAAACAUAUUAUGAGGAAGUUAAUAGGUCGAAGAUUUUACAUUUUACAGUACUGGUACUGUAAAUAUUUUAUUUUUGUAAAAAAAUAGGGGGGGAGGGGGUGGGGGUUAUUAUUCUGUGAGUCACUUUUCAAAAAAUACGCAAAACUAGCUGCUAAUCUGUGGUUAGGUGUGGUGAUAUGUUCCACGAAUACUUAUUCCGAUCUAGGCACAUAUUACAUAAACAAUUUAUGAUUGUAUAUAACAAUUUAUAUAUAACAAUUUAUUACAGAAGCCGCAGGUUCGAAUCCUGCCGGUUUCGCAAUUUUUUAUAUGUAUUAAAAAAUCCUUGAAGUGUAGGUAAAAAACGCUAUCAUAAAAAUUAUAAUUUUUUUAAUGAUUAUAUCCGAUCGACGCGAAGUUCCAUGGGUCAUUUCAGGUCGCUCCUUCGUCCCGCACUUAAUUCACGAUAGCUCUGUCUAAACGGCUUUGUUGAACCUCUGUAGGUAAUACCAUAUUAUUAUCCUUCUUACUCUGUGCUACGGCGGUAGGCCUUCUGAACAUGCCGACGCGUGCGCCCGUCCUACACCAUGAGUAUGUAUUUCGACCAUUUUCAGUGCAUUUAUCAUGUUCGGAUUAUUUUUUGUGCUUUGUACAGAUGUGUCAAGGGUCUCAUGUGAUCUUGCACGACUUACCACCUGACCCACACUAAUAUUGGGGUUUAUUUUUAGAAAUAAGGAUGUGCCAAUUUACUCCAUGCAAUUUAAUCACGCUAUUUCAAUGUUACUUCUUUUUCUAUGAUUUUGUUACUCUCUACACAUUUUACUAUAAUAUGUAUUGUAAUAUUUUGGGAGAACAUGUAGCUGUAAUAGUUAGGUCUAUUUUCGAGACUUGUUUUUUGGAUAAAUACAGUUAUUACUAACUA